AUGAUCGACCAUUACCACUUUCGACAGGACGGUUUGCUCUGCAAACUUCGCAAAGUUGUCGCCGCUCCCGACUUCAUUCGAACAAAACAGGAUUCUGCUUCAAUCUCCAGCGAAUCCUUGGAAGGCUCUCCGAAUUCGUUGAAGAAAACGAAUUCGUCGAUCAACAAUUCACGGACGGCAAGUCACUCUCUCCCAUCUCUUGCAUCCUGUCCUGUCAACUCAACGGCAUCGGACAACUGUAGCGGGGGCUCACCUGUGCAUCGUAAAGCCAGUGAAGAUGUCAUGCACACGAGCAAUGAUCUCAUCUCCUUCAAUGAUUGGCCCAACGUCACCAGCCUUCUGGCCAAUCAGGUUAAUUGCCGCCGCGUUCUAUAA